ACGGAGACACAUCGCAGGCGACUGGCGGCGUCGCACCUCGCGUCUCCUCGCGUCUCCUGGCCUCUACGACCACCAUGCCCCUCCAGUCCACCUUGGCGGGCCGGGGCGCCUCCGCCACCGUGGACACGCAGAUGGACGGCAGGUCCUUCGAGCAGCUGAGGCAGGAGUGUCUGCAGAGAGGUGUUCUCUUUGAGGACCCCGACUUCCCCGCCGCCGACUCCUCGCUCUUCUACAGCCAGAGUAUUCCUGUCAGGAUGGAGUGGAAGAGACCCCCGGAGAUCUGCGCCAGCCCCAGGUUCAUCGUGGGCGGAGCCAACCGGACCGACAUCUGCCAGGGAGCACUGGGCGACUGCUGGCUCCUGGCGGCCAUCGCCUCCCUGACCCUGAAGAAGGACGUCCUGGCCCGGGUGGUGCCGCACGACCAGGACUUUGACCGCCGCUACGCCGGCAUCUUCCACUUCCAGUUCUGGCAGCACAACAAGUGGCUGGACGUGGUGGUGGACGACCGGCUGCCCAGCGUGCACGACCAGCUCAUCAUGCUGCACUCCGCCUCCAACGACGAGUUCUGGAGCGCCCUGCUGGAGAAGGCCUACGCCAAGAUGCACGGCAGCUACGAGUCGCUGAAGGGCGGCAGCACCAUGGAGGCCAUGGAGGACUUCACGGGUGGCGUGGGCGAGAUCUACGAGACCAAGACCUCCACCCAUGACCUCUUCCGGGUCAUGAAGAAGGCCCUGGACAGGGGCUCCAUGAUGGGAUGCUCCAUUGACGUCAGCAGCUCCGCAGAGUCUGAGGCCAAGUUGGCCAACGGUCUGGUGAAGGGACACGCCUACUCCAUCACGGGCCUGCAGGAGGUCAACUACCGAGGCAGGAAGGUCAAGCUGAUCCGGGUCAGGAACCCCUGGGGUCAGGUGGAGUGGAACGGCCCUUGGAGUGACCAUUCCAAGGAGUGGGACUACGUGGACAAGGCCGAGAAGAGUCGCAUCCUGCAGAAUUCGACAGAAGAUGGAGAAUUCUGGAUGGACUUUGAGGACUUCAAGGCCGGCUACGACAAGGUGGAGAUCUGCAACAUGACGCCCGACGCCCUGACCGACAACACCAAGCGCCACUGGGAGGCCCAGUUGUUCGAGGGCCAGUGGAUCCAAGGCUCCACCGCCGGCGGCUGCAGGAACUUCAUCGACACCUUCUGGACCAACCCUCAGUUCAAAAUGGAGCUGAGGGACGCGGACGACGACGACGACGUGUGCAGCGUGGUCAUCGCCCUCAUGCAGAAGAACAGACGCCGGCUGAGGAAGGAGGGCAUGGACCUGCAGACCAUCGGCUUCGCCGUCUACGAGGCCCCAAACAACGCGGAUCAUCAGGGGAAAGAUUUCUUCCGCAUGCACGCGUCCAAAGCCCGCAGCAGGACCUACAUCAACCUGCGCGAGGUGUCGGAGCGCUUCACCCUUCCCCCCGGGAAAUACCUGCUGGUGCCCACCACCUUCCAGCCUCACCACGAGGCCGACUUUUUGGUCCGCAUCUACUCUGAGAAGAGAGUGUCAGCUCUGGAGAUGGGGAGCGACGUGGACGCAGACCUGCCUGAGCCGCCCCCGCCCAGCUCCCCCGAGGACGAGACGGACGAGGAGAAGAGCCUCAGGAAGCUUUUUGAGGACGUGGCUGGAAGGGACCAGGCCAUCUCUGUCAGGGAGCUUCAGCAGAUCCUGAACGGCGUCCUCGGCACACGAAAAGAGAUCAAGUUUGAUGGCCUGAGCCUCCACACGUGUCACAACAUCAUCAACCUGCUGGACGUGGACAACACGGGCAAGAUGGAGUUCCAAGAGUUCAAGGUGUUCUGGGAGAAGCUGAAGAAGUGGAUCAUGCUCUUCUUGUCCUUUGACACUGACCGCUCAGGAGCCAUGUCCUCCUACGAGCUGCGCAGCGCCCUCAAAGCUGCAGGGAUGCAGCUGAACAAUCAGCUCCUGCAGCUGCUGGCCCUGAGGUUCGCCGACGAGAAGUACACCAUCGACUUUGACGACUACCUGAACUGCAUCGUGCGCCUGGAGAACAUGUUCCGCGUCUUCCAGGCCAUGGACACGCACCACAAGGGCAGGGUGAACUUCACCAUGCUGCAGUUCCUCGUCUUGUCCAUGAACGUGUGAGAGGACGCCGGGAGCCCAGCGAAGCCGAGCGAAGAACAAAAAAGCGAGCCAGACGACGCUCUGCCCUCGCGGCGCGGACGUCUUCUCCUUUCUUUUCACCUUGAAAUCCAUGCCUCUCCACACCUCAACACAUAAUGUGAGAUUACUGAUUAUUACCUUUUUCCUGGAACCAGUACAUUGUGAAUAAAGCCUCCCUCUCAGCUACUGUGAAAAGUUUGUCAACUUUCCCUUGAGAUGAGCGCUGCUAUAAAAGAGAAAACCAAUAAAAAAAAAAUUCUGCUGUAGUGCAAUAACCCUAGCAAAUAAACACUUUCUAAACAUG